AGCUUGUUACUAACGUGUGUAAAAAUAAUAGCCGACCUCGGACCUCCCAAUAAUGUCACACCCUGGUCUCUCUCUAUCUUUUACGCCCUGUCUUCUUUGAAUCCCUCUACACUAGUCGCUCUCUCUCUCUAGCUUCUCCCCCUAAUCUCCUCCCAUCCCUAAACUUAUGGCGACUGCUACUCAAACUAAUUCCCCUUCGCAAAUUUCAGACCUCGAAAACCCUAACAAAACCCUAAUCCUAACCACAACGAAUCUCACCGAUAAAACAACCAAAUCUUCCGAUGAAUCUGCCGCCGCCAUUGAUGCUGUUGUUAACAGCAAGGAUUCAGAGGAGUCGAUGGAAGGUACUGAUUCCACCGCCGUUGUUUCUCCUACUGGAGGCUCUGCUAAUGAUAUUGAGAAAAAGGUUCGCAGGGCUGAAAGAUUCGGCGUUCCUGUUCAGUUGUCUGAGCAAGAGAAGCGCAGUUCUAGGGCUGAGAGGUUUGGCGUGGGUGCUGGAUCAGAAGCUUCCAAGACAUCUGAGGAUCUGAAGAGAAAGGCUAGAGCUGAGAGGUUUGGGCUUUCUCUGUCAGCUGAUGAGGAAGCAAAAAAGUCAGCUGAUGAGGAAGCAAAAAAGAAAGCUCGACUUGCCAGAUUUGGUUCUGACACAAAGACAGAUACUCUUGAAGAAGAGAAAAGGAAAGCACGGGCAUUGAGGUUUUCUCAACCUUCUUCAAAUGCUGUGCAGCAUGUCAAUGGAAAGGAAGAUGUUGGUUCGAAUCCUGCAAUAGCAGGCAAUGCUGUUGAAGGAGUUUGACAAUCUGGAGUAGUUUAUUACUAUAGUAACUAGUGUAGAGUAACCUUUUUCUCUUUGUUCUAUGGCCUCAAUACCUUUGACAAUCACUUUUCAAGUUAUGCUGUUGAAGUUUUGGGUCAGUGGAAGAUUUUUCCUUUUUGUUAGACCUUAAUACCCAGCAAGUCUAAGAUUAGUUGAGAAUUUCCUCCUGAAUGGCUAAUUUGCUAGAAUUAUUGGCAAAAAUAUAUGAACUGAAUCCUCUAUAUGUAAAAUGCUGACUAAAUGCAAGCUUAAGUAGGUUAUUUAUCUUGGAUGAGGAGAGAUUGCAGACCUGUUAUAACUCCCUAGCUUGAUGGCAAAUUAAUGUCAAGCUGCUAACAUUGUCCUGGUAACAUCCAAACAAGUUUUUAUUGACAAGCUGCUAUGUUGGUAUUGUGUGAGUUUACUCUCUUGAAAAAAUUGGUUUCCCCUUAAUUUGUGACAGUUUUCAAAAAAGUAGCAGUACCUCAUGGGAUUAAGAUUAUAGGUGCAGCAUUUGUCGUAUGUGCAGGUUAUGGGUUUUUGGUUGGGAUGGGAAGAUUUUGUUUGUUUGGAUUGAUAACUGCUUACGAUUCUGUGAAUCUAGGAGAAAUUAUUGUUAAGUAAUGCUAUGUGCCUAUGUAUGUGCUAUUGCUUUUAAUUUAGUACCCAAAAAAAAAAAAGAGAGAGCUUUUUGUUAAUGAUUUUCUUGAGAAAAAAGAAGUUAAAUCGAUUUAAUCACUUGGUCUUUCUUUAUUUCUCCUCUAUGUUUGGCGCUUUAAUUACUUGUUGAUACGUUUUGAGAUGCAAUAGCCAUUAGGGGUUAGCGUAUGUCACUGAGUUGCAGUUAGGGAUAGCUGAUGAAUUUAAAUCUCUUUAGACGAAGUAUCAUGACUGGGUAAAUGUGUGUCUAAUAUUGAGCUGCUGUUGGUGUUAAUCCCUGAAGCCUGCAAUGUGCAUAGUUAUGAUGUUCUUAAGGUUGCUAGCGUGUCAUGUCAUUCAGGAGGUUUUCUAGAGUAUAUUAGGUCUUUGCUGGGUACUUGACUAUUCGUUGCGGAUGUGUUUGGAUGGAAGCUAAUGAUAUGUGGGCCUAGUUGUAUGGAAGUUUGAGCUGCAGCUUCUGUAAAGAUGUUAUAUGCAUGAACAUUCUAGCUUGGAAAAUUUAUGUCGACUGUCAAACAUUUUGGAAAGAUGACCAUGUAACAGCUCAGUAUUGUAAUUUUAUAAAUUUUUUAUUGAAUAUUAUUUUCCAUUGC